AUGACCCCGCUGUUGCCGCCGCUCGCCGUGGCUCCCGCCUGCGCGCGCACGCUGGCCGACCUCCUAGUCGCGCUCUCAGCCGCCCGCGCGCUUCCCAAGGGCCAGCAGCUCCAUGGCCACCUUCUCAAGGGCGGCCAUCUCCCCGCCGUCGCCUCCUCGCACGCGCUGCUCGCCCACCACCUCCUCACCUUCUACGCCCGCUGCUCGCUCCCCGAGCUUUCCCUCCGCGCCUUCCUCGACCUCCCCGCUGCCCCCUCCCCCGCCGCAUGGUCCUCCCUCAUAUCCUCCUUCGCCCAGAACGGCCUCCCGGAGGCAGCCUUUGACGCCUUCCGCCGCAUGCUCGCGGCCGGGGUCCCCGCCACCGACCGCUCCAUCCCCCCCGCCGCCAAGGCCGUCGCAGCUGCCGCAGACUCCUCGCGCCCUCCGCUUGCCCCGCAUGCUCUCCAUGGCCUCGCCUCCAAGACGCCGUUCGCGGGCGACGUGUUCGUGGGGUCGGCGGUUCUUGACAUGUAUGCUAAGUGCGGGAACCUUGCGGACGCCCGCCGGGUGUUCGACGAAAUGCCGGAGCGGAAUGUGGUCUCGUGGUCUGCCCUCAUUGGUGGCUACGCGGAUGCUGGGAUGCACCCUGCAGCACUCUGCAUCUUCCGCUCGGCACUGGAGGAGGCUGUGCAGGUCAAUGACUUCACAGUUUCGUGCAUUGUCCGUGUGUGUGCUGCAGCCACACUCUUUGAGCUUGGGGCACAGGUGCAUGCCCGGUCUAUAAAGACAGCACUUGAUGCAUCACCGUUUGUGGGCAGCUCGCUUGUUUCUCUCUACUCCAAGUGUGGCCUUGUGGAUUGUGCUUACCAGGUGUUUAGUGCAGCACCUGAGAGAAACCUUGGGAUUUGGAACGCAGUGCUCAUUGCAUCUGCACAGCAUGGCCAUACUUCCACAGCAUUUGAACGUUUCACAAAGAUGCAGAAUGCCGGGUUCCGUCCUAACUUCAUUACCUUCCUGUGUUUACUCACAGCAUGUAGCCACGCUGGUCUUGUCGAUGAGGGGAAGCGAUAUUUUUCCCUCAUGAAAGAAUAUAGAAUUGAACUGCAGGUUGAACAUUAUGCUGCAAUGGUUGACCUACUUGGUCGUGUAGGGCGUAUAACUGAAGCACUGGACCUUAUUGAGUCAAUGCCCAUGGAACCACCUGACUCUGUUUGGGGUGCACUCCUAAUGGCAUGUCGCAUGUUCAAGGAUGCAGACACUGCGGCAAUUGCUGCAAAGAGACUGUUUGAGACAGGGUCUCGCAGCUCUGGUGCACACAUGCUCUUGUCAAGCACGUAUGCAGCUGCAGGAAGGCAUGUCGAUGCAGCACUUGCAAGGAAGGCAAUGCGUGAUGCAGGUAUACGGAAAGAGACUGGUCUUAGCUGGCUUGAGGCUGCAGGAGAGGUGCAUACCUUUGUUUCAAACUGCAGGAGACAUCCAAGAAGCAGCGAAAUUUAUAAUGUGCUGGAGAAAGUUGGUAAGAAAAUGGCGGCAGCUGGUUAUGUGGCAGACACUAGUGCAGUAGUUAAGGAUGUGGACAGAGAUGAGAAGUGCGCAUCACUGGGGUAUCACAGCGAAAGGCUAGCAAUAGGGUUAGGGCUCUUGAUUGUUCCGGAAGGUGUGCCAAUCCGAGUUAUGAAGAACUUAAGAGUGUGUGAUGAUUGUCACAAUGCAGUUAAGUACCUCAGUAAGUGUACAGGAAGAGUUGUGGUUCUCAGGGAUAACCGUCGAUUCCACCGGUUUGAAGAUGGGUUGUGCUCUUGUGGGGAUUUCUGGUGAUCUUAGAUCUACACCAUUCUCUUUCCUAUUGUCCUUAUUGGGCAGUUUGGCUCACAUGGAUUCAUCGAUUGGGUCUUUCACUUAAAGUACAUUUCUUUGAUAAAUGGAUCUAUGUGAACUCAGAAGCUGAUACGAGUCAUAAAGUUUAUUUUGGCAUAAUAGUGAGGUGAUGGAUUCAAUUUUAGGGCUGCUUGGAAAUUUUGCAAUAAGUCUGGUCACUUAGGAUGAAACAAUUCUUGGAUAUGGAAGAUUGCCACAUAGUGCUGCUAUUAUUCAGGGUCAACAUGACUCUGUGGCCUUCUUAUUUACAGUAUUCAUACAAUGUACCAUGGAUCCACUCGAACAUAGCAUUUUUUGUUGACUAGUUAGAGAAGAACUCAUGAUAUUAUCUUAUGAGUUAUGGCAUCAUACUGUGGUGCAUAUUGCUUUCACAUGAGUGUAACCAUAGCCCCUCACAGAGCGAUCGAACAUUUAGUUGCACUUGUUUAUUCCAUUUUAUCCGGGAGAAGAUCAAAAUGGGCCACUAAACACACUAUUGUGCAUAUCUCUCCACUGUUGUGAAAUCGACCGCUUCAUGCUUUGGCAGACCCAUGUGUGCAUGCCUUUUUCUUGGGCUUGUCUGAUAAUCUGCAUUUAGUAUGUACACUUUCAUUCCAAUGCCCUGCAAGUCCUAAAAGAGCUGCUUCUCCGGUUUCACCGAAACUGCAAAAGAUUGAUUUCUUUGGAUUGGAUGUUGUCACCUGUAUCUGUAUACUGAAACUGCUGGGCUUAGACAUGCUCUUGUGAGACAGGUCCUUCAACAGGAUAUCCUUAUGGUCAACCUCAGUUCAAUGAUUUGACGCCACUUCCUUCUGCACAGAAGAAUGACUGAGACUGAUUGUGUACACAAUCACUGGUGUUAUUGGUCAGAGUAAAAUUUUGGGCAGAAGACACUGUUCAUUGCUGGUCCCAAAUGAUGAUUGGUGAACCCCUCUCUUUUGAACCACACAAAGAUAUGGUGUGUUGCACGUUAUUUGUCUUCCCUACUUGUUCGGGCUAGUGCCAGUUGGUAUGAAUAGAAUGAUAGAAUUAUCUUUGGGUCCUUAGUUGAUCCUUGCAAGCUUCUCUAUGCUUUGAAAUACAGGAUGAAUGGUUGCCAGGUGGGUGAGAGAUUUGGUAGGAUUAGAGAGUGACAGGGGAGCUCAUCUUCAACACGCAUAUCAAACUGCAGCCUGCAGGUUUCAUGGGGAAGCCAGCAGUCUAGCAUGUCCUACAUAUAUAUACAAAAGGUUUAAGUUGUGGGCUCUUGUAAGCAACACAAACAGAAGCAUUUCCUGUCAAA